CAGUUUCCAGAUUACAACAACUGACAGCAAUUUAUUAUGGCAAUAAAUUCCAGGAAUUCUUCUAUGAAUAAGAUAAAAAGUUGUGGUGUAAAAUGCCAAAUAAUUCAAAUGAAAUACGCAAUUUGUAUUGGAAUAUGAUCAAUGGUAAUCUGUGUCUGAUGUAUAUAAUAAUGAUAAAAAGAUUUUCUGAAAUUGUUCAACCAAACAAGCAAAAUAAAUGGGCCGUCUGGGAACCAUAGCCAUGGCCCAAUCUCACAAAUGUUCGACCCACUAAUAGAAUUUGCUACAUCACAAGUCAAACGUUUCUAAAUGAAAAAACAAACUGAGGUAGCAACGCUGAUUCUGCAACCAAAAGCAUCUCCUUUCAACAUAAAUAGUUUCUGCACAAUAUGAUGAUCUAAACUCCGUCCUUUUUUUUUCUUGGAAAAAGAAAAAGGAAACAAAAAUAGCCCUAAAAGAUGUCGGUAGAGAGACAUGGCAAUUCUCCGUCUACAUCUCAUGAAGAAACUAGCAUGUUCGUCGAUAUACUGCACGAGGCUCCUUUAUGCGGUCACCGGAAACGGAGGAGUAUUUUUGGAGCUGUUGUUUACUGUGUUAUACUGGCAGGUUAUUCUGUUUUAGGUGCAGUAGCUCCAAUUCUAUUUCAUCACCGAUUAGUCCCUUCUUUACUAUCUAGUUGCGAUGUUGCUCUAUUAAUAAUAACAGGCAUCUUCCAACAAUAUUUUGUUUCUCAAGUCCAGAAAAUUCGUUUACAGGGUUAUUAUAGUUUUAGCCAGAAGUUGAAGCAUAUUGUUCGCUUGCCAUUUGCCAUCACUGCUUAUGGAACUGCUGCCAUGCUGCUUGUAAUGGUAUGGAAACCUCAAAUCAGUUUUCUUUCCAUCUCAGCAUUACUGAGGAUUAUUAUGUUGACUGAAGCAGUAUGUGCUGUAUCCUUUAUGAGCAUUUAUAUUGGUUAUUUGCACCAGUAUAAUUCAUUGGACUCUCAACCUGAUAUUUUGAAGUCAUUAUAUUCUCCACUUCAAGAGUCAAGUCCUUUAGAAAGUUUGAGGUAUCAUCAUGGGGGUCGACUUUCUGAUCAGCAAAUGGCUUUGCUUCAAUAUCAGCGCGAGAACCUUCAUUUUAUGAGUGAGGAGAUUCUUCGAUUGCAAGAGUGCUUAAGUAAAUAUGAACGGUCUAGCGAUGGGAGCACGCCACAGGUUGAUCUUGCCCAUAUGUUAGCUGCUCGUGAACAGGAAUUACGUACUCUUUCCGCUGAGAUGAAUCAACUACAAACUGAGCUAAGGCUUGCUCGGUCUUUGAUAGCUGAGAGGGACUCUGAGGUACAGCAAGUGCGCACUACAAACAAUCAGUACGUGGAAGAGAAUGAAAGAUUGAGAGCUAUCUUAGGGGAAUGGAGCACACGAGCAGCAAAGCUUGAACGAGCAUUGGAGGUUGAGCGAUUAUCAAAUCUUGAAUUGCAAAAGAAGCUUUCAGCAUCAAGAACUCAAUCAAAUAUGCCAACUGAACAAAGAGAGCAGCAUAGAGCUUAGUUCACCAUGAAAUUUUUUUCCCCCAUCCGCCAUUUCCAUGGAAAUGUUUUACUUCCUUUCCCUUAGAAAUGGAAGCAUUAAAGUGCCACUGUUACUGUAGAUUGUUCCAUGUACAUAACAAUUCAUCAAGGAAACUAGUUUGUGGAAGCAAUUGUGCUUGAA